UUCUCCCAGCCCGGCUACUCCUUCCCCCUCGGUCCCGUAGAGGGUCCCCAGGCGCGGGGCUCAGCCGACGGGCGGGCUAGGGGCGGCCGCUGUGACCUCAGGGCGUGUGCAAACACCGCCCUCCACGGUCACCGAUAGGUCCCACCCCACCUGGGCGACCUGCGGGCCCGGGGGCGGGGAGAGGCGGCGCAGGAGGCCGAGCUCACAGCAGGACGCCACUAGGGAGGCCGGGGAGGCUUGGGGAGGCCUGGCCGCGGGAUGUGGUCCCCGGGCGGCCGGCCGGGACCCGCAGGCUGGGAUCGCCGCAGGGUGGGCGCCCGGCUGCGCGCGGCGCUGGCGGGGCUGCAAGAGCUGCAGGGUCUGCGCGCCAGGCAACAGGCGCUCGUGCGGGGCGCCCUAGCCGAGCAACCCCCGCCCGCGCCCGCCGCCCGCCGCGCGCCCCGGGCUCAGGAGCUGAGGCUGGAGGCGGCGCUGGCGGCGCUGCAAGACCAGUUGAACCGGCUGCGGCGCCAGGACGUGGGCCUGAAGACCCAGCUGGACCGACUGGACCAGCAGAUCAGCGAGCUGCAGCUGGACGUGCGGAGGACAUCCGCCGAGGGGGACAGCGACAGCCGGCCCAGCUCAGGCUUCUACGAGCUGAGUGACGGCGGCUCCUGCUCCCUGUCCACCUCCUGCACGUCCGUGUGCAGCGACCGCCUGUCCUCCUCCCUGGGCACCCUGCUGCCUGCGGCCCCCACGGCCAGGACCAGCGCAGGGGCCUGCCGGCCCUGGUCUGCCGACGAGACCUCCGUGUGGGGGAGCCCCUUGACCGUGUGGGGCCGGCCGGGCCCCGAGGGGGGUGCAGGCCAGCCUCUGCAGGGCCCAGCCCGGCCCCGGCCGGUGUCCACAGGUGACCUGGACAGAGUCCUGCCGGCUACGGCGGGCUUCCCGGAGGCCAGCGCAGAUGCCAGGCCCCUGUCCCUUCUCUGCCACGGGCUGGGCCUCCCGCCCCACGCGCUGGACCCCAAGUACCAGCGAGACCUGGUGUCCAGGGGUGGUGGGGAGGUGUAUCCGUUCCCCAGCCCCCUGCACGCGGUGGCUCUGCAGAGCCCCCUCUUUGCUCUGACCAAGGAGACCCCACAGGGUGACAGCCACCUGCCGCCCCCCAGCGCAUCCCCUCCCGGCCCCUCAGGUCCAGGCUCGGUUCGGACUGGGCCAGUCCCGGCGGCUGGCUCAGCCCAAGCCUAUAUAGACAAGCUGCUGGGACUGCGGGGCCAGAGGGACCCCCUGAGAGGCGGCGUGGGUGAGCAGGGACCCCCAGGGCGCGAGGUGUCCCCGUCCCAGAGAGCAAAGAGUGGAGGGUGCCCUGAGAGGCCGGCCUGCUCCCCGAGAAGGGUGGACACCGGAGCAGGGGCUCAGAGGAGGGAAACGGGCAGGGGCAGCCUCGAGCAGCGGGGACCCGCACCCCACGUGGGCCCCCCGCACCCCGGCGGCCUUUCUGACAAUGGACACAAACCCUCUGGCAGCCGAGUCCGUGUGGGGGCCGCUCUGGGCCCCCCUCAGCUAGGAGGCGGGCCCCCCUCCAGCUGCUCCUGGGCACAGCAGGCCACCCCUGAGGACUGGAGGGGCAAGGCCAGGCCCCCCACCAAGGCCCCCAGGCCCUGCAUCCACCCCCCCCUCUGUCGCCAGCGGAGCCGUCCUGAUGGGGCUGAAAGUGGGCCCAGAGCGGGCCAGCCCGUGACAAAGGCCGUGAGGAUGGGCAGGGGGGCCUGCGAGAGGGCACCGGGGUCAGGCAGGCAGCCGCCGCCCUGGGGCGCCCUCCCGGCCCCCCAGCGCCCCCCCGCAUGGGGCGCGUGGCUCAGGGGGAGACCCACCCAGGCCAGGGAGGCCCCUGGCCGGUCCUGCUCCGAGUCCAGCCUCUACCCGGUGUCCUUCCUCGUCCCCCUGCUGGUGGCCAGCAGGGGGGGCCACGGGGCGUCGGCCAAGGCCUUGUUCAAACUGGAGGCGGGGCCCCCCGUGGCAGCCGGCGGCGAGGCCCGGAGGCGGCAGCGCAGGUGGCGGUCCUCCGUGGAGAUCGCGGCCGGGGCCCGCCUGGCCGGCGCCCAGGGCCCUGGUGCAGGGCCCCCGAGGUGGGCGCCAAGGAGAGGGGCGGGCCCCAGGCCCGGGUGCUCUCGGGCCAGGCCCCAGCCGCCGCGCCGGGAGGCCCGGGCAGGGAGCGUGUCCGGCGGCUCCGAGCACUCGGCCGAGUGCGCCUCCCUGUUCCACUCCACCGUCGCCGAGACCAGCGGGGACGAGGCCAGCGACCACACCGCCAGCUGCUUCGGGGACCAGGAGUCCGGGGGCAGCGACGCAGAGGACAGUGCGCAGGGCGCUGGGGGCCGCCCCCCGCAGCCCCCACGGGCGCCCGCCUGCCCCCGGCCGCCCCUGCCCCCCGCGCCCAGACUCCGCCGCAUCAAGGCCUCCAGGGCCCUGAAGAAGAGGAUCCGCAGGUUCCAGCCGGCCGCCCUGAAGGUCAUGACCCUGGUGUGAGCCGCGGGAGCCGGCCGGAGCCCCCCGGGCCAGGCCGAGUGACCGGUGCUCCAGGAGGUGCCGCCCUCCUGAGGAGCCGGGAGGAGGACCUGUGGCGGGCACAGAGGGGACCCCAGGGCUGAGGGUGACGUCCAGCUCAUUGGCCUGUUUAACACGCAGACACUCACGGCUUCUCCUGCGUGGUGGCCAGUCUGUUCUCCAAAGUCACGGUUGCGAACCUGCCGUGACCUCAGGAGAGGGGGCGAGGGAGUGGGUGCCCUGGGCCCGCAGUCCCCCCCCUCCGAGACUCGGGGCGCCGGUCCCCACCCCACACAGACGCCCACGGAGAACCCCACGAUGUGGGUCUCACCAGCCACCCCGCCUACCUUACAGGGACUCCUCACGGGCUCCCCAAGUCUGCGGUCCUCCAGGCCAGUCACCUCUGUCCGGCUCUGCCGCGAGCCCAGUCCCUCCGGGCGCGGCUGCCGG